GAAAGUGACUCAUUUUCUCCAAUUUUAAUUAAAAAUUCACCUAAAAAUCUUCCAAAAUCAAUUCCAGUCGAACUGUUUGAAGGAAAUUCACCCAACAGAAGCCGGUUUUCAUUGAAAACCAUCGAAAUCGUUCACAACAACAACUUCAUUGAACAUCUGUUCCUCGGCAAAAUUCCUCACAAAAGACAUGGAUCAACCAGAGACUCUCGCAGAAACGGGCGAAAUCCCCUCUUGCACGCUCGAUCACUUCAAAGACUACGACCAAGUUGUCGAAAUGAUGAAAUCGCUGCCGGAAAACGUGCAAAAACUCCGUGAAAAAUCUUACGAAAAAUUCUCCGACAUCCUUUCGUUGUACCAAGAGCAACCGCAUUUACUCGAUCCGCACAUUCCUGAAUUCCUGACACUCCUUUUCCGCUACAUCCGAGACCCGGCGACGCCAAAUGACGUUCAAGACGACGCCUACAAGUACAUGUACCAAAUUUGCAAGGUUCGUUCGUACAAGGUUUUUGUGAAAUUCCUGCCGCACGAACUCUCGGACCUGGAUUUUACGCUAAAAAGUUUGGCAGACACCUCGGGAAGCAAUUUGGAUGCGGGCUGUUGGGAGCGUCGGUAUAUUUUGCUCGUUUGGAUGAGUGUUCUUGUGCUGAUUCCCUUCCAUUUGGCACGUCUCGAUGGCGACGGGGCCCAAUCUUCGACGAAUCUCGACGGAAAAACGACAAAAAUGGAACAAAUGUACCAAAUUUGUCGGCAGCACACGACAACGAAUGACCCGUGUUCGACAGUGGCGGCAUUUUUCGCCGCAAAAUUCCUCAUUCGGGCCGACAUGAAGGACGUUUACUUGGAAAAGUUUCUGGAAUGGGUUUGUGCGGAGCAUGACAGUGAAUCCAUCGGGCAUGGACAACUUUCGGCAAUCGCCUCGAUUUUGAAACAUGGAAAAAGGGAGGAUUUGGAGGCGUAUACGGGAAAAUUGCUGAGUUGGAUCACGAAAAUGGGAUAUCGCGAUGGAAAUGACUUUUUAAAGUACAAGUUUUACUUGAAAAUUAUCCAGAGACUUGGUUUGGUGUUUCUGCCGCCGAAAGUUGCGGUUUGGAGAUAUCAACGAGGCACGAGGUCGUUGGCAAUGAAUUUAGACAAAGGCGGAGAUGCGUCAUCGCUACCCAUGGAAGAGGGGGUUGGAGUUGCAGCAGGUGACGACGACGAAAACUUCACCGUACCCGACGAGAUCGAAGACGUAAUCGAAGAACUUCUCCAAGGACUUCGUUCCGCCAGCUCUGAUUGUCGCUGGUUAAGUGCCAAAGGAGUUGGUCGCAUUUGCAAUCGCUUACCAAAAACCUUAGGAGACGACGUCGUUGGUUCCGUCAUCGAAAUUCUCAAUCCCCUCGAGCCGCACGAAGCAUGGCACGGUGCUUGUCUCGCACUUGCUGAACUCGCUAAACGUGGUUUGUUGCUGCCUUACCGUUUGCCGGAUAUCGUUCCGUUGCUCAUGGAAGCCUUGACUUACGACGAAAUGAAGAGUUACAUGCCCGUCGGUUUGAAUAUUCGCGAUGCCGCUUGCUACAUGUGCUGGGCGUUCGCACGUGCCUACAAACCCUCCGAUCUCAAGCCGUUUGUCGUAAAUAUCGCCUCCGCAUUGCUCAUCACGACAUCCUUCGAUCGCGAAAUUAAUUGCCGGAGAGCUGCUUCGGCGGCAUUUCAGGAAAGUGUGGGGCGAUUGGGAAACUUUCCGCAUGGCAUUGAAAUUUUGACGACAGCGGAUUUUUUUUCCGUGGGACUUCGAACGAACGCUUACCUGAACAUCAGUGACUACAUUGGGCAAUUUGAGGAAUACAGUAAACCCCUAAUUAGCCACUUGGUAGCACGAAAAGUGAACCAUUGGGAUAUCGCGAUCCGAGAAUUGGCGGCAAAAGCUUUGAAUGUCCUCACGAAACGACAACCGACGUAUUUGGCGACGGAAAUGAUGCCAAAAUUGUUCGAAAAUGCAAAGUCCAUUGAUGUUAAUUCGCGUCACGGAUCGAUUUUGGCACUUGGGGAAGUCACUUUAGCUUUGACUGACAUCGAUCGAGGUCUUUUGACGCCCGAAAUUGUGGAAAAUCUCAAUAUUUUGGUGCAAGACUUCCAUAAACGGGAGCAAUUUCGCGGCAUGAGCGGAGAAUUGAUGCGCCUGGCAUGCGUGGAUUUCAUCCGGAACGUGAGUCAAGCGAAACUUCCCGUCACUCUGGAGUGCAUCGAGUCCUGGCAGUACCUUAUCGACCAAUGUAUCAUCAAUAAAGUCGAAAAAGUGCGUCAAUUGGCGAUUCGGGCAUUACCAACGAUGGCAAAUUCGUACUAUAUCGACGACACCUUCGACUCAAUUAAGGGAAAAAUUUUAAAUUUUUACAUCAAACAGUCGGACAACAACCUCGAGGAGACAGUUCGCAUGGGAUAUGUCGGCGCAAUUGGUUCAUUGCCGCAAUUUAUGCUCGUUACGGAUCUCGAAGCGGUGCUGGAAGUGCUCAUUCGACAUUCAAUGUUGCCAGAUCCGAGUCGCGGCGAAAAUCCGAUUGUCCUGAAAUGGAGUGAGGCACGACGAGAAGCAGUCAAAGCACUUACAAAUGUCGUUGAAACGAUCGGAUUUGAUGGAAAUUGUUCUUUUAGUGAUGAAAAAUGUCUCGAAAGAGUUUUUGAAUGUUUUCUCAGGGGACUUGAGGAGUACACGUUGGACAAUAGAGGCGAUAUUGGAGCUUGGGUACGUGAGGCGAGUAUGAUGGGUCUGGCGUAUUUGCUGAAAAAUUGUCCAAAUGCGAUGUUGAAGCCGGAAAUUGUGGAAAAAGUGAUGCAGGGACUUGCGCAGCAGGCUGUCGAGAAAAUUGAUCGAACAAGGGGGCUUGCUGGAAGGCUUUUCUGCGAAAUUGUGCAUCAUUCCCCUCCCGUUCCUCACAUUCCCCAACAUGCAGCCCUCAAGGAAAUCUUUCCCGCUGACAGUUCACAAGUUUUAUGGCUCUUUGCUGAUCACACGUGUCCCCUUUUCUGCGCCAUGUUGGAUUUUCCCGAAUACUCACGUCAUCUCAUUCUCGGAUUGACUGCCAGCAUGGGUCAGCUCACAGAAUCUCUCGUCAAGUAUUCAUCAAAUGCAUUUUUCGCCUAUAUCCGUGCCCACAAGUCGCAUAUUCCGCGAAUUGGCGACGAAAUCAUCCAAGUUUUCGAGGCAAAUUUACUCAAUGAACGCGUCACGUGCCCGUUGUUGUCAUUUUUGGAUGUCGUUUUGAGCUCCGGAAGUCUCCAAGCGCUACUGGAUGACGAAGAAUCUACUUUUGCGGAUGAAAUCUUCCGUUUAGUCAAUGCCGAGAUCAAGGGACACAAGAAAUUGUACAAACUCGUGUCGAGCAUCAACGUUUUUUGUCAUCUCAUUCAAGUGAAUCGCUUGUGUACGCGAGUUUUGGCCAAAUUGACGUUCUUUUUGGGACUCACGCAUGUUCAUGUUCGGAAAUCGACCGCUAUUAAGUUGUAUGAGGCACUUGUCAUUCACGGAGACACCUGCGAAAGUAUUCCGGAAGAGAAUUUGGAAGCAAUUCUCGAAAUUUUAUCAGAUACGGAUUGGGGUCAACCCUUGACGGAAGUUCGCCCAAUAAGAAAUAAUUUGUGUGAACUGCUAAAUAUCAAGCCGCCCGUUGCAGCAACUGCACCAACAACAAAUUAACUCAUUAACGCCUCAAAUUAAGCUUUAAUCGUACUAUUUUUACGCUAAUUGCAAUAAAAAAUGCACAAAUUUAAUUAAUUUUGUAUGAAAAUCUCACAUUUUAGGCAUUGAUUUCCCGCAUCUCGGAGACAAAACGCGCAAAAACCGACGUUACAGCGACACACGAAGAUUUUUUCAGGUUUUUCGUGACAAAUGUCGCAUUUUUUCUUUGAACUUUUGAAGAAGAAGGUCCUUUUUGGCUCAUUUUCGUAAUGGAUGCUGCGUAAUUUGUGUUUCAUGACAGAGAUAAAGUUCCGACGAUCUUUCAGAAUUUUGUUGUACAAGAAGAGGAUGCGGUAUUUUUGACGUCUUGGAUAUGCGGAAGCACAAAUUAGCCAUCGGAGACGAUGAACGUAGAUUUCGUUGAGAAU